AUUAUGUAUAUAAAAAAAAUGUUUAGAUUAUACAGUAGUAUUAAUUAUCGAUUUGAUUCAGUUUCAUUCGAACCAUCAAUUUUCACUUGUCAGUUCUGCAGCGGUGAAAGAUAAAAAUCUCUUUCUUUUUUCCUAAAAAUCUCUUUCUUUUUUCCUCUUUCCUCUUAAUUCAAGAAAAACCUUUUGUUCGAUCCCAAUUGCUGUUUACUCGAAUUCUUCUUUCUUCUCCAAUUUAAUUCAUUUUCAGGGUUUCACUUUUCUCUCGAAUUUUCCCAGAAAAUUCAUGGAUGCAUCUUUAACUCUGUCUCUUUCUCACACCAAUUCCGAAACUCAAGACCUAAUCGGUUCCUACUUCUUGGAUCAAUGGCGACUUAAAUCCAAAUCCGCCGCCGCUAAAUCCGAAUCAGUCGCUGAACCGGAAAAAACUCAGUUAAUGGAAGUAGAAGAAUCAGAAGAUGAAAAAGAAGAGUUACCUACUGAGCUGGAUACUUUGAAUAGUUCCGGUGGGUUUUCGAUUGUUGGACCUGAUAAACUUUCAGUCCAUUACCCUAAUGUGAAUCUUCAUGGACAUGAUGUUGGAGUUGUUCAAGCUAAUCGGCCCGCUCCUUGUAAACGCCUCGUUUAUUACUUUGAGAUUUCUGUGAAGAAUGCUGGUGCUAAGGGCCAAAUUUCCAUUGGUUUCACUUCCCCUGGCUUUAAAUUGCGUCGCCAACCUGGCUGGGAUCCAAACAGUUACGGAUAUCAUGGUGAUGAUGGACUGCUUUACCAUGGACAAGGAAAGGGAGAGGCAUUUGGCCCGACUUACUCAACAGGUGAUACUGUUGGCGGUGGAAUCAAUUAUGCUUCUCAAGAACUAUUUUUCACGAAAAAUGGAACUAUUGUAGGAACAGUUUUCAAGGAUGUAAAGGGGCCACUAUUUCCUACAGUUGCGGUGCACAGCCAAAAUGAAGAGGUUACCAUCAACUUCGGGAAGGAUCCAUUUGUUUUUGAUAUUAAGGCAUAUGAAGCGCAGGAAAGGACAAAGCAGCAUUCAACUAUUGAAAAAUUGUCUAUACCUCAGAAUGCCAGUUAUGGAAUCGUUCGCUCGUAUUUACAACAUUAUGGAUAUGAAGAUACGCUGAGAAUGUUUGACAUUGAAAGUAAAAGUACUCUUCCACCCAUCUCCUUUAUUCAAGAAAAUGGCUUUACAGAGGACAUGAAUAUGUAUUCAUUAAAUCAAAGAAAGGUUCUUCGUCAGCUAAUUCGAAGUGGUGAAAUUGGUGAUGCCUUUACGAAACUUAGAGAGUGGUAUCCUCAGAUAGUUCAGGAUGGCACAUCAGCUAUAUGCUUUUUGCUUCACUGUCAAAAUUUUAUUGAGCUAGUACGGGCUGGAAAGCUUGAAGAAGCUGUGUUAUAUGGAAGGACUGAAUUUGAAAAAUUCUACAAGUUGGGAGACUAUGAUGACUUGGUCAAGGAUUGUGCUGCUCUGCUUGCAUAUGAACAACCACAAAAAUCCUCUGUUGGGUAUCUUCUAGGAGAUUCACAGCGAGAAGUUGUGGCUGAUGCUGUCAAUGCAAUGAUUUUAUCAAUGAACCCAAGCGUGAAAGAUUCAAAAGAUUGCUUACAUUCAUGUCUUGAGAGGCUACUCAGGCAGCUAAAUGCUUGCUUCUUGGAGAAGAGGUCUUUGAAUGGGGAUCAAGGUGAAGGUUUCCAUCUGCAUAGAAUACUUAACAGUGGUAGAAAAGGCUGAGAGUUAAGUCGGUUUGUAUUCCUUGUCACUCCCGACCCAUGUAUAUACACAACUAAGUCUUUCAAGUUACUAUCUGGAGAAAUGCCCCCUGGUGACCAGAACACAUGCUGUGUAAAGUCGUAUGUACUGCCUUUGAUUCGUAAUAACUAUUCAUUUUCUGGAAUACUGGGUUGGCUUUGUUUUGGCAUCAAUUCAUGCCCCCACUACAGUAAACCUUCAAUAGUUCGUGCACAUUGAAUGGUCAAAUUCUCUACUUGGGUAUAAUGCCAUCCGAGGUUCUAUGGGAUAGCUUUUGUACAGAUGAAUUUUUCAAAUUUAGUAUAUUGUUGUUUUGCCUAAA